GGGAAGAAAGACAGUGUUUUAUGGGACUUCCUGAAUUUGAAAAACAAAUUCCAUCGCUUCAAAUUUUGCCAGGCAGAGCUGUGGCCAGAUAUGUGUACAGAGGCUCCAGCAUCGACCCCUACUCGGUGUCCUUGCGGCCAGGGCAGGAGAUGACCGUCUUGGAGACGAGCUACGAUAGCUCCUGGGCAUUGAUUGGGCUUCCAGACGACCACUAUGGCUGGGUGCCCUCGAUUUGCCUAGCUCCUGUGGACUCCAUGCUACGCUAUCGCGGCCCUCCAAAGCUUUCUUCCAGGGAGCCUUUGCAGGAAAGCCUUCCACGCCUAUUUGGUGAGUCUUUCCAAGGAAGCCUUUCUGCCAAGGGGUCUCUGCGAGAAGGCCUACAGUUUGAGGAGCCUCAAAGCCUCGCUUCGCAGCGAGAAGGUCAUUUGUUCUCGCCGGCCUCUCAAGGCCUUGAACUUCCACGGCUGUCCUCCAGACACUCUCCACCAGGAUCCAAAGAGAUCGAGUCCCGUUCUGGCUCAGUGUCACCGUGCUCUGCAAAGUCACUGCUUAGGCAUGGACGCAGCCCUGCUCGACAGAAGAGGCCAAGCCAGAGCUGCUGGGCGUUUGUUCAGAGAGUAUGCUGCAGGCGUUGACUGGAAGAUCGCAACGUGCCCAAAGUGGCAGGC